UACCAUUACUAGUCCAAACCAUUAACCAUGCCACUAGCUGAUUUGCUUGACGUGAGCCAGCAAUUGCCAUUUGAAUAGAUGUCCAUGAAUAGAGGUUUCAUUCUUUCAGAGCAGGAAGCUGAAAGUUGAUGCUGAAAGCAGAGGCAGGUUUCCUGGCAAGAGACAGUGAGCAGGCAGUGCCAUGCAGAUACACACAGCUUGUAGAUCAGACAAGACAUCCAGUUAGUAACAAUAUGCUGAGACACAAGCUGUUGCACUUGGGGUGUGCUUCUGGGAUGCUGCUACUGGUGAUGCUGAAGCUGGGCUCUGCUGGGGAUUCUUGCAGCUGGAAAGGAAGCGGUUUGAUUCGGAACCCACAUUCCCGUGCAGUGGAACAGAUUCAUCUCCGUUGCACACAGGGUUCCUUACUAUGGAUGUACCCAACCCGUGCCUUACGUGUUAUUCUGGAACCCAACCUGGCCAAUGGCAAGUACACCUCUGCCUGCAUGAAGCCGUCUUCAUCCUUCCAUGGGGCCGACAUCUAUGUUGAGAAGGGAGACAAGAUGCACCUGCUUGUGAAUGAGGCCCAUGGCACCCAGCAGCUCUAUUGCUUUGGCAUGGAUACGACUCACAGAGUAACCCUCCUCUUGCUGGCUAAUCCAGAGCAGAACAUCAGAGGGGGGACUGUGGGCUUUCAGUAUGAACUGUUCAGCAGGAGAAAAACAGGACUGGGGUUGCAGAAACUGGCCCUUAGUGAAGCUGCCUGUCAGCCGUGUGAUGAUGCAGACCUUCUAAUAGCCGUGUGUAGCAGUGAUUUUGUAGUGAGAGGCUCCAUCAGGAAUGUGAGUCACAAUCGGGAGUCCCGUGUAUCACUGGUGGACAUCAGUGCCUGGAGAAUAUACAGACAGCGGAACCGCAGUGAUGAUCCCACUGGGGGCUGGACUGGAUCUAUCAAAACUUUACUCCAAUGCAGAGUAAAGAAAGGGCCAGGAGAUUUCUUGUUCACUGGCAGUGAGCAUUUUGGGGAUGCUUGGCUGGGAUGUGCUCCCAGAUUUAAAGACUUUCUGAACAUAUAUAAGGAAGCCAAACUACACAAAAGGAACCCCUGUGAGUUCCAAACUGACUGAAUUCCGGGCUCUCCUCUCCAGACUGUUGAAUUGCCAGUUUCGGUAUAGUUCAGAAAUGUGUUUUCUACCAAAUAGGAGAAACAAGGGAUGGUACAGCAAAGUCAAACCCAAUGUUGCAUUUUGGUUAUGUGCCUGGACAUCCUUUAUGGUCACUUGAGGAUUAGGGGAAAAUAAUUUAUUCCUCUUUGCAACCAAGGGAAAUCAGAAGACACUUGUAAGAUCCUAUGAGUUGCAGCUUCCAUCGUGUACUGAAAGUUCCUUGGGUCUAAUUCUGGCAACAUACAGGGAGGUAUCUGCCUUAUCAACAUGAGGAAUUUUGUCAGAUAAAAGGAAAUUUUUUACAUAACUAUAUCAAGUGGGGACCCAUAUGACGUUUUCCCCUUUGAAUGCUAGAGUUACUCGUUAGCUGAGUAUAUUUACCAACAUGUACAGCUGAAAUCUUUUUGCUUCAAUUCAAGCAGAUUCCAGUGCCAGUUUUACCUUCCUCUGGCCUUGCAUUGAUACCAAACAGUCAAAUAUGCAGCACUUAGUGAAAUAGGGGUGCACAAUGUGUUCACCUUCACAUACUUUCCACCCUGAAUCCAUUAAAAUUGCAUCAAGAUUGUCAGCUUGAUAAAGGACCAGUGAGGCCUGAAACAUUGCUGUGUUAUAUGUAAUAAAGGCAGAUUUAAUACAGGUAUGGGAUCUGUUUUGCGGGAACCCGUUAUGCAGAAAGCUUAGAAUUACGGAAUGCUCAUCUCCCAUAGACUCCGUUUUAUCCAAAUUUUUAAAAAUGAUUUCCUUUUUCUCUGUAAUAAUAAAACAAUACCUCGUACUUGAUCCCAACUAAGAUAUAAUUAAUCCUUAUUGGAAGCAAAACCAUCCUAUUGGGUUUAUUUAAUGUUUACCUGAUUUUCUAGUAGAAUUAAGGUAUGGUCAACAUAAAGCAGGGCUGUCUAGCCGGAGGCCCACAAAUAUUAUGUAGCCCUCCAAGAGAUUUCUUUCUAUGGCCUCCAAAGUGCUUGAGAUCCAAUGAUCACACUUUUCAUUAUAUUAAAGAAAAUAAAAGAACCCCUCUUCUAUCCGAUAAUCCUAUGGUCCAUUUCUAAUAAUCAAUUUCAAAUUACUCAACUUGCUUAAUAAAUAUAAACGUGAAUUCACCUUAA